CCCCCAGUACAUAGGUCAAAAGGCUGUGCAAAGAAGUGUUGUCUGGGGUCCAAGGCUGUGGAGUGGGAGGGGUAGUUAGUGGGCUCAUUUACUGCCUCCUCAAGCCCACCUUAGCAACCCCUUUUUCCCAGCCAGAAGCCUGGUCACUAGAGCUCAGGGCUAUGAUUAGCUAAGGGGAGGGGGGGCAAAGGUAGAUAAUUUUUAUGGUUUUCUGUACCCCUGGGUUCCUCUUUCAUCUACAUAUAUACUUCUUUCUUCCUCUAUGCUAAGGUUGGGGAAACUCUAGUAUUCUGUCUUAUGCCUCUCCCCUCCCUCUCAUGCCCUGAAUGGAUCCUACAACCAAGACAGCCCCUUCCCCUUUUUCUCUAAACGCCCCCCCCCUUUCCAGGGUUAAAGCUGCAGCCGGUUGCCGAGGUAACAUUGCAGGGCAGCAUCCCGUCGCCCAGCAACCGGCUGCAGGAUCACGCAUCUGUCCCCGGAUUUGCCCCUUCAACAUCCCCUCCCUACUCUAACUCGUGCCUCUAAGCACCCCAACUUCGGAGGGAAGAAAUGUAAGGGCCUGAGAAGAAAGAGGGUCCUAGGUUGCACUAAUCCUUAGGGAAUGGUAUGUUGAAGGGAAGAGAAGGUGCUGGGUUUGUACAGUCCAAAGAAAGGCCCCAGUCUGGCCUGGGGUGGGGGUUCCUCACCAUGAAAUUACAGCUCAGGAGUAAUUAACACAUAUAAACAAACCCGCCACUUCCUGCUAAUUAAUGACUUGGUAUUUUUAUUUUUCUCUUGUCUAUCUCAUUCCCUCUCCCAGGGAGGUGGGGACUGGGACUCCUCUGCCCCCUCUUGUUAGGGAUAAAGAAGCUGGGAAGGCUAUCAUACCCAAGACCCUGGGUUUGAUCCCCCAGCACCACAAAAAUUAAAGUUAAAAAAAAAAAAGGUCGGGCCUGCCUGCACAGUCUCUGACCUCCUUCCCUUUCCCCACCCCUUGCCCCCUCCAUGGAGAGGAACAGACCCGUUCUCGGUCCAGUCUAACCUAGGUCCCUCCCAGCCCCCCUCCUCUUUCCUGUUCCUGCCCCCUCCUCCCUCCUGGGGCGAGGGAGGUCUCCCUCCCUCUCCCCCCCCUUCUCUCUCUCUCCGAGGGGGGGGGUCCCGGGGAGGGAGGGGGGGGUCCCCGAUCAGCAUGUGGCUCCUGGCGCUGUGUCUGGUGGGGCUGGCUGGGGCGCAGCGCGGGGGAGGGGGUCCCGGCGGCGGCGCCCCCGGCGGCCCGGGCCCGGGGCUCGGCAGCCUCGGGGAGGAGCGCUUCCCGGUGGUGAGCACGGCCUACGGGCGAGUGCGCGGCGUGCGGCGCGAGCUCAACAACGAGAUCCUGGGCCCCGUCGUGCAGUUCCUGGGCGUGCCCUACGCCACGCCGCCCCUGGGUGCCCGCCGCUUCCAGCCGCCCGAGGCGCCCGCCUCGUGGCCCGGCGUGCGCAACGCCACCGCCCUGCCGCCCGCCUGCCCGCAGAACCUCCACGGGGCCCUCCCGGCCAUCAUGCUGCCUGUGUGGUUCACCGACAACCUGGAGGCGGCCGCCACCUAUGUUCAGAACCAGAGCGAGGACUGCCUGUACCUCAACCUCUACGUGCCCACCGAGGACGGUCCGCUCACAAAAAAACGUGACGAGGCGACGCUCAAUCCGCCAGACACAGAUAUCCGGGACUCUGGGAAGAAGCCUGUGAUGCUGUUCCUACAUGGAGGCUCCUACAUGGAGGGCACUGGAAACAUGUUUGAUGGCUCAGUCCUGGCCGCCUAUGGCAAUGUCAUCGUAGCCACGCUCAACUACCGCCUUGGGGUGCUAGGUUUCCUCAGCACUGGAGACCAGGCUGCAAAAGGCAACUAUGGGCUCCUGGACCAGAUCCAGGCUCUGCGCUGGCUCAGUGAAAACAUUGCCCACUUUGGGGGUGACCCUGAGCGCAUCACCAUCUUUGGAUCUGGGGCAGGGGCCUCCUGUGUCAACUUGCUGAUCCUCUCCCACCACUCAGAAGGGCUGUUCCAGAAGGCCAUUGCCCAGAGUGGCACUGCCAUUUCCAGCUGGUCUGUCAACUACCAGCCGCUCAAGUACACGCGGCUGCUGGCAGCCAAGGUGGGCUGUGACCGAGAGGAUAGCGCUGAAGCUGUGGAGUGUCUACGCCGGAAGCCAUCCCGGGAACUGGUGGACCAGGAUGUGCAGCCAGCCCGCUACCAUAUUGCCUUUGGACCUGUGGUGGAUGGUGACGUCGUCCCCGAUGACCCUGAGAUCCUCAUGCAGCAGGGAGAAUUCCUAAACUACGACAUGCUCAUCGGUGUCAACCAGGGAGAGGGCCUCAAGUUCGUGGAAGAUUCUGCAGAGAGUGAAGAUGGUGUGUCCGCCAGUGCUUUUGACUUUACUGUCUCCAACUUUGUGGACAAUUUGUAUGGUUACCCAGAGGGCAAGGAUGUACUUCGGGAAACCAUCAAGUUCAUGUAUACAGACUGGGCUGACCGGGACAAUGGUGAGAUGCGACGUAAGACGCUGCUGGCACUCUUUACCGACCACCAAUGGGUGGCUCCAGCUGUGGCCACCGCCAAGCUACAUGCUGACUACCAAUCCCCUGUCUACUUUUACACCUUCUAUCACCACUGCCAGGCCGAGGGCCGGCCAGAGUGGGCGGAUGCAGCACAUGGAGAUGAGCUGCCCUAUGUAUUUGGUGUGCCUAUGGUGGGCGCCACUGACCUCUUCCCCUGCAACUUCUCCAAGAAUGAUGUCAUGCUCAGCGCAGUGGUCAUGACCUACUGGACCAACUUCGCCAAGACCGGCGACCCCAACCAGCCGGUGCCCCAGGACACCAAGUUCAUUCACACCAAGCCCAACCGCUUUGAAGAGGUGGUGUGGAGCAAGUUCAACAGCAAGGAGAAGCAGUACCUGCACAUUGGCUUGAAGCCACGUGUCCGCGACAACUACCGAGCCAACAAGGUGGCCUUCUGGCUGGAGCUGGUGCCCCACCUGCACAACCUGCACACGGAGCUCUUCACCACCACCACACGCCUGCCGCCCUAUGCCACGCGCUGGCCACCUCGCCCUCCUCCCGGUGCCCCAGGCACACGCCGGCCCCCACCACCUGCCACCCUGCCACCUGAGCCGGAGCCGGAGCCAGGCCCGAGGGCCUACGACCGCUUCCCUGGGGAUUCUCGAGACUACUCCACGGAGCUAAGUGUCACUGUGGCCGUGGGUGCCUCCCUCCUCUUCCUCAACAUCCUGGCCUUUGCAGCCCUCUACUACAAGCGGGACCGGCGGCAGGAGCUGCGGUGCCGGCGGCUCAGCCCGCCUGGAGGCUCCGGGUCCGGCAUGCCUGGUGGGGGCCCCCUGCUUCCUGCUGCGGGCCGGGAGCUGCCCCCAGAAGAGGAGCUGGUUUCCCUGCAGCUGAAGCGGGGUGGCGGCGUUGGGGUGGACCCUGUUGAGGCCCUGCGCCCUGCCUGCCCACCCGACUACACCCUGGCCCUGCGCCGGGCACCAGACGAUGUGCCUCUUUUGGCCCCAGGGGCCCUGACCCUGCUGCCCAGUGGCCUGGGGCCACCACCACCGCCACCACCCCCUUCUCUCCAUCCCUUCGGGCCCUUCCCCCCGCCUCCCCCUGCCGCUGCCAGCCACAACAACACGCUACCCCAUCCCCACUCCACCACUCGGGUAUAGGGGGCGGCGUGGGGAGGAUCUCCUCCCCUCUCUUGCCCUCCCCAGCCCAGCCACUCUGAAGGCAGGGAGGAGGACUUGGCACCUGGCGUUUCUCCUGUGGAGCUGUCACACAUCAUCGGCCAGUGGGAAGGUGGACACUGGAUUCCCCACCGGGAUGCGUGUUUUCCCCAUUCUCUUCUCUGGACCUGGGCUUUUGAACACCUGGGGCUGUUUUUUGCCCUCUGUUGGGACACCAGUCUUUGGACUGUGGAAAUUCAGAAGUCUUUUCCCGCGUGGAGGCGUGCUUUCCUGAGGGGGUGUUUUCCCAUGUGCAGGGUGAGGUGUUUUGUUUUUUUUUCUUGCCACCCUGGACACAUGUUGACCCCCUCAAAGAAUUUCUGGGGGGAUUUGUACCCCAGAAUCCUGUUCCCUCAUGCCUUCUUCCUGUCCCUCCCUCUCCAUUCCCCCUGGAGACCCUGGAAGUGAUGCAAUCACAUAGUGUGACCCUUGGCCACCAGACAACACCAGGUGGUGCCUGGGAGGCAGCAAGGAAACCACAGGCUCCCCCCAGCUCCCACCCCCCCCCCACUCCUGAAAAGCAUGUUUCCCCCAUGGCACAAGUCAGAUGAAGCACGUUCUCCCGGGGAGCCCCUCGCCUUCCACAGACAACAGACGCAGCUCUCCUGCCAGGGAAAGGAAGGAGACCUGUGCAUCCCGGUGCUGCCUGGAAACACUUCCCCGUGGUCCAGGACACAUUUCGCUGAGUGGGAACAUGAUGUUGCAUGUGGAUGUGUGUUUCCCAGGCAGAGGGUCCCCCUCUCCCCAGCACUUCCCCGCAUCCCCCUGUCCCCCUCCUCCCCCCCCACCUCAGGCCCAGCACUCAGUUCCUACUCACACAGCAAGUAGGAACAAGCUUCAAGUUGACAGAGCUGGGGGAAGAUGCUGGAUUGGGGGGGGGGGCGCACAGGGCAGGAAAAGGGGAGGCAUGGCACAUGCCACCCAAAGAGGCCAUGCAUGUUUGACCAAAGCCCUCACAGGGCCUGAGGAUAGCCUUUCCCUUAGUCCUCAGAUCAUUGCUCAUCUGUGCCAAACUGAAUAGAUAUGUUUGGGGGAGGGAAACCCUCAAAAUGUGCCAAGGACCCCCCAGUCUUAGGGCAAGAUGGAACACAGGACAGGGGCACAUGGCAGCUAAGAAGGCCCCCACCCCACCCCGCCUGUGUCUUGUUCCCUAUAGUUGCCCCUCUCUGCCUAAGUUCCCCAUUCUCCAUCCCCAUUUCCCUCUUUAAAGCUGUCCCCCAUCUCAGGGUCAGACCAACUUUCUCUCCUUCCCUCCUUUAACCAGCCAACCCUCCCUGACAGCAGGGCUGAAGGAAAGCAGCAAUGGAUGGAGGAGAGGAAGGGACCAGGUUGGUUGGGGGAGAGAAUGAGGCCUGCGGCACUGAGGAGCAGUUGGAAGCCUGUGAGGAUAGGGCUUGUGGCAGAUACCAGCAAGAAUUUGAAAGCACCGCAAGGCAACUGCCCAGAGGUCCCUAAUCCUCCAUGAAGAAGGAUGUCAGGAAGGGUUUUCAGUGGACACCAGGGAACAAAUGAGUCCUCAUGUGCUGGAUGGCUUUCUGUGUUAUGGUAGUGCCAGACUUGAGUAGUGAUGGGUACUGGCUUUCACUGACACCCAGAUCCAGAGACCCUGGUCUUGAGUCCCAGAACUUUGCCACAACUGUCCUUUCUCCUGCUUCCACUCAUGGAAAAGUUAUUUUCUCCUUACCUUCUCCUUACCUGGUCUAGUUCCUCUUGGAACAACCAUGCCCUCCAAAUGCUAGCGACCUGGGCCCUGAGCCCUGUAGGCAGAUGCCCCCAGUGAGGCAUGGAGGGGGCUGGGGGACCCCAAGAUACAGCCACGGACUCCAAUGCCUAGCCCCUCCAGAACAAUCCUAUGUCCCUACCCCAAUCCUUUGCGGCUCUGUACACAUUUUUAAACCUGGCAAAAGAU